AUGACGACAGGAGAAGAAAGGAGGAGCCGCUGGGGGGCGUCCCGCGGCCGCCCCGUCUACCACGCCACCUCCGGCGGGUGGCGCUCCGCCAUCUUCGUCGCCGUGGUGGAGGGCGCCGGCAGCUUCGCCUACUACGGCGUGUCGGCUAACCUGAUCACGUACUUGACGGGGCCGCUCGGCCACUCCAACGCUGCGGCGGCUGCGGCUGUGAACGUCUGGACGGGGACGGCCAGGCUCUUGCCACUGUUAGGCGCCUUUGUCGCCGACUCCUGGCUAGGCCGCUACCGCUCCAUCAUCCUCGCCUGCACCCUCUACGUCCUGGUAAUUAUUUAGGAAAUUAAUCUUUUUUUGCGGGAAUAGGAAAUUAAUCUCCUCUCUCAACUUUUUUGUUAGAAUUCUCUUUUAACUACGACUCCCACCAUUUCAUAACAUAUUGUUUACAGA